GCCACCGUUUGAGUUUUUCUUCCGCUGUGUCUGCUGUUUGAUUUUAGAAUUAAACACAUAUUUUAAAUAACUUGUCGAUUUGUAAAAAAGCAAAAAACAAAUUAAAAGUACAUUCUGCUUUCACGCUGUUUUUCACCAAAUAGCUCUGAGGUUACUAUCGACCUGUCAAGAAGACAUUUUUCGUCAAGCUGUGCACGCAAAAUUCGCAAAAUAGGAGACGAAAACCCUUUUAAGUUUUCAAAUUUCAUAUCAAAUCUGCCACCAAUAGGUGGUAGAGUGAUGCCGCGCUGCAGCAAGCGGACGCGCGGCGCGGUGACGGGUGACGUGGGCGUGCCCGGGGCCACCGCGAUCGACGCCCAGCAACAUAAGCGCUCACGUAACACCAGUUCACGACGACAUUCCAAAGCAGAAGACUCCAGUUUCAGUGCAAAGAAAUGUUUAGCAUGGUUCAAAGAGUACACCACAGUCUCAGAGCCAGAUGUAUUAGGGCCCGAAGGAAUGGAGAAAUUCUGCGAGGACAUAGGAGUGGACCCGGAGAAUGUUGUGAUGCUGGUCAUUGCUUACAAAAUGGGUGCCAAACAAAUGGGCUACUUCACGCAAGAGGAGUGGCUUAAAGGUUUAACGGAGCUGCAGUGCGACAGCGUCCAUAAGCUUCAGAUGAAACUCGACUACCUCAAGAGCUUACUCAACGACCCCUACAUAUUUAAGGCUGUAUACAGAUAUUCUUAUGAUUUUGCUAGGGACAAAGAGCAGCGUUCGCUGGACACGGGUACGGCGCGCGCGCUGCUGGGCGUGCUGCUGCCGCGGUGGGCGCUGCGGCCCGCGCUCGGCGACUUCCUGCAGCGCCAGGGCGCCGCGCGCCGCUACCGCGUCGUCAACCGCGACCAGUGGUGCAACAUACUCGAGUUCAGCCGCACCGUCGACACCCAGCUGCAGCAUUACGACGCCGACGGAGCGUGGCCAGUAAUGUUAGACGAGUUUGUAGAGUGGCUACGUGCAGAGCGGGCCGAGCGGGCUGGCGGCAGCUGAGCGCACACGAGCGUUGCUGCACUAGUGAAAACGAUCACACGCACUGUAAGUUUACUGAUGAGAGCGGGAUGUAAAAG